AUGCCCGCGACGCGGGAAAGUCACAUCCGCGCCUAUGUGCACUUCAGGCAGCCGACGGUGUACGCAGGCGACGAAUUGGAGUGCAUCAUCGACUUCCGAAACAUAGCGCGUCCCGUGGGGACAGAAAGAGCAGACAUAUCCAAUGGAGGAGCAUUGAAGGACAGGACAAUAUCGCAUAGUCGACAGUCCUCAUUUGCGCCGAGGAUAGUGUCAAGGGCACCUUCGACGGCGGCAAGCACUCAAGGCGGACUACGCGGCAAUGGACAUCGCCCGACGCUGUCGCUCAACGUCGUCAGUGGCUCUUCGCGCGGCGGCAAUGGCACCCACUCUCAGAGUAACAGCAUCUCGCACCCGGGCAUGCUUGGGGGCAGUGGCAAUGGCAGGCCGGCGAGAGGUCAUGGAAGGUCUCUCUCCAUCAUGUCGCUGGGCAGCGAGGCCAUUAGCGAAGGACGGGCACCCAUGCUGGCCGCGAUGCCCGGCCAGAGACCUGUCAGAGCACAUACGCGCAGUGCCAGUCUGCAGCAUCCCCCAAAGAUCUCGGGCCCUUCUCCGGUGGGUCCUGGAAUACCAUCACAGCGACAUCCAUCGCCGCUCUACGAGACCACCACUCCGCCGGCGCUGCCCGAACUCCCCAGUCACCAACUACCCGCUCGUCCGGCACUUCGCAGGCCUGGGACAGUGUCUGCCGGUAGCACGCCGCAGCCGGUAAGACAGCCGAGCAUUCACGUGCGSAAUCCGUCCAAGUCGGACUCGAAUAUGAGCAGCUUCAAGUUUCCGCCGGAGAAUGAGAGCGCCGCACCCGAAGCAGAUGCCCGUCCCAAGAUCGCGCGGACGCCAUCAACAAUGCAUUCUGGCAAGAGGCGAUCUCACUCUCCUCGGCCACCUGAGAACUGGGCGAACACAGCCAGCAACCUGAAUCCACUUUCGCGUGUCAUGACAGAGUCCUCAAACGACGGCACACCUCGAACUAGCAGCGAACUGUACUCGGCAAGUAAUCACAGCAAUGAAACGUUGACCUCGGAGGUCCCGCAUCAGCAGCAGCAAUUUGGGAGACUGUUGCCCAAGUUCAAUCACUCCAGACAGGCGUCGCGGGCGUUGAAGGACGGGCCUGCAGAACCAGAGACGUUGAUGAUGGCGUAUGCGCAGACUAUGGGGCAUUUCACACUGGAUGGCAGUCUCGUCAAUGCAGCUCCAUUCGAGGAAGUCAAGCGAAAGGGUGUUCAGGGUAGGGGAGGCGUCGUCGGUGUUGAGCGCCCGAAACGUGCGUCGGGCCUCUUCGGCGCCCUGAGUUGGGGAAACAUAGGCGAAUCACUCGGUGGACUCCUUGGUGGUGAUGAAAUGAGCUCAAUGGCACAGAUGAAGGCCAGCGCUGGAUCCAAGACAAUCCCACUUUUAUCAACACCCCAAAGUCUGCUCUUCGUCGAUCUAAGACUUGCCCCUGGCGAGAGGAAGAGCUACAGCUACCGUUUUUCGCUCCCCCGUGGGCUUCCUCCCAGUCACAAAGGAAGGGCGAUCAAGGUGACCUACCACUUGUCCAUUGGCGUUCAAAGGCCUGAAGGUCAGGUCGUCAAGCGUGUGGAGAUACCUUUCCGUGUGUUGGGGAGUUAUGACUCUCGUGGCGAUGCGUUGGGUCACGAUCUCAUGUCACCAUAUGUUCUGUUGCAAGACGCCGCUAGGACUAGCGUGGUGAGACCGGAUGUAAAAACUCCAAACAACUUUCCACACUUCRCCGCAAAAGAAGAUGCAAACCAGAAAACCCCAAAAGAGGGUCUGGAAGACUUUUUGCGUUACACCGAGAGACUGAUGGAGGCGCCGGUGGACGUUCAUGGUGCACUUCUCUCGCCAACGUCCCCAUCGAUGCCCCCAUCUUUAACCCUGUCGAGACAGCAAAGCUUUUCAGAGCAAUCACCAGGAAACAUCAGGGAGGCCAUAGAUUUUGCCAUCCUGCGGUCCAACUUUGCAACUCCCUCUGGCGAGUCUGGCAAUUCCGACUCACAAAGUUCCAAUCGCUUUAACAUCACCCGCUCAGGCCAUCCCGUCGCGGUUUUGACCAUUCUGCGACCUGCAUACCGACUGGGCGAGGCAGUGACGGGUACGAUCAACUUCACAGCGCCCGAUGAAUCCUCUAAUGGCCAACGCCAAGCCCCGAGCUACGCUGUAUUGGUGGAGUUGGAAUCUGCAGAGCACGUUGAUCCAUCUCUGGCCCUUCGAAGCAGUACCUCCAUUCACCGUGUCACGCGCAAAGUACACGCCUUACAGAGAGACAACUCGUUGUUCGCCCGCCAACUCAGCUUCAACCYUGUAGUGCCGUCUAGCGCCUCGCCUUCCUUCGAGACGACGGGGGUGAGUCUAGCGUGGCGGCUCAAGAUUGAGUUCACAACUCAGCGACAUGUCUCCGGCCAAAGCAGUGACUUGAAUGGGGCUGGCGGAGAGCUCAUGGAAGAGGUUGCGCGUGAUGAGAGAGGUACCACACGCAUUGCGAAGGAGCGUUUGGCUGCGGACACAUUUGAGAUAGCCGUUCCGAUCAAGGUUUACGGUGCUUUGGGCAUGGACUCCUUGUGUACAGAGAGCGACGAAUUGCUUGUAUAG